CUGGCAUUGCAUGGAGCUGCAAGCGUGGGAAGACGGUGCAUCUAAAGGCAAGGAUAGUUAGUUUCACGCCAGUUUACAAGUGGCCUGUGCGUUUCCCCUUCCACAUGAAACCAACAUUUCUAAAUAUGAAAUCAUUUUUAACAGAAGAUUCAAGCUGAUUUUAAGUCCAACUUUAUCCAGGUUUUUUUUUUGUUUCUUAAUAAUUAGACUGCUUUAUAUUAAAUGUGAAUGCGCGCUAUAUUCAUUGAUAAAUGCAGAGUUAACCAUAGUUGAGAUCUGAUUUUUUCCCCAGCAAUUCAUGACUUGGCAAACUUUGUAACUCCGCCUCCUUAGAAGACCAUUGGGGUAGAGAUGGAAGGAACUUGGGGCGCUUAAAAUAACUGAAAUAACAGAGCUGUGAUCUCGACGAGUCCAUGGCUUAUUCACAUUGUGCUGGAUAACAGUCAUGUCUCUGAAAUGGGGAUGAAUAGCGAGCGGGAGGCAACGCAAUGGAAGUUGUUUUUCCACCGAGACAUGCCAGUUUAGAUUUGAGAGCAUACACUUUCUUAAAAGAAAUACACCGGGAAUACAAAAAGCCAUGGAGCCGAGAUAUGGAGAGGCGCAAAAAGCUGGUCGCAUCAAGCGAUCGCCUGCGUAAUGCACAAGUAACGAUGGGACAUUAAAAAUCACUUCUCCACACAGGGUAACCAAGAGCAGUGGUGAUGAUUGCUACCGGUGGUGUCAUCACAGGCCUCGCAGCCUUGAAGCGGCAGGACUCGGCGCGGUCCCAGCAGCACCUGGCUAUGUCCACGCCGGACCCCACACAAGAGAAGAAGCGAACGAGGCGCAAGCCCCGGGCUGAUGUGGUUGUAGUCCGCGGAAAGAUCCGGCUGUACUCUCCGUCUGGGUUUUUCCUCAUCCUCGGCGUGCUGAUACUGAUGGCUGGCAUAGCCAUGGCUGUACUAGGCUACUGGCCACACAAGGAACACCUGCUGGUGCCGGAUACGAAGCUGUCCGCCAAUGACACCCAGGUGACCCAAGGUCAUGAAGGCACCGUGUCUCAGUUCUUUGAGCAGCACCUGCACUCAGAGAAGAUGAAGAUGCUCGGUCCCUUCACCAUGGGCAUUGGCAUCUUUAUCUUCAUUUGUGCUAAUGCUAUUCUCCAUGAGAACAGGGACAGGGAGACCAAAGUCAUCCACAUGAGGGACAUGUACUCCACUGUGAUUGACAUCCACAGCCUGAGGAUCAAGGAGCAUAAGUGCAUGAACGGGGCCUACGUCGCCCCCUAUGGGGAGCGUGAGGUGAGGACGUAUGAGAACCAGUGCGCCUCCAAGCUGGCUGCCAACACGCUGCUAACUUUCUCGGGGAUGGGGAAUGACGUGCGGAUGUCGCGGAGGACCAGCUCCGCCGAGGAGGAAGAGAGUUUGCUGAACGAGGCCAAGGGAGCCUCGAGCUUCCUACAGCCCAGAUACCAGGAGUGCUCGGGCUCCAUCUUCGGGCUGCAGCCAGAUGGCGGCCGGUACCGAGACGACAGGAGCAGCACCCUGAAGAAAUGCCAGACGAAAUCCAUUGUGUCAUCUUCUAUCAGCGCAUUCACUCUCCCCGUGAUAAAGCUCAACAACUGCGUCAUCGACGAGCCCGACAUCGACAACAUUUCUGAGGACUCCGAGCUUCGAAGGGUCCGGCCCAGACCUCCUUCGAUGGAGUCUCUGGUGGUUCCCUGCCCAGACAUAGCCAAAGCAUUCAUACCCCCCGGCAUGGUGCUCCCCAGGAGCUCCUCUAUCGAGUCACCCUCCUCUGCAUCCUCACAGACUUCUCUGUCGCCGGGGUCCACCAGCGGCCGGUUCCUGUCUCCAGGGGCCGCACGGAAGGAUUUUGGGUCCAACAACUCCCUCCACAUGCUCUCCGCCCACUCCAAGUCCUUAGACCUGGAGAGGGGGCCCAAGACCCUCACAGUGCAGCCCGAGCAGAGGAAGCACCCCAGCUGGCCACGACUGGAUCGCAGCAACAGCAAGGGGUACAUGAAGCUGGAGAACAAGGAGGAUCCCAUUGACAGGCUGCUGGUGCCACAGGUCUCCAACAAACAGGACUAUACCAAAAAAGAGAAACUGCUCAUGAUCUCCAGGUCCCACAACAACCUCAGUUUCGAGCACGACGACUUCAUGAGCAACACUUUGAAGAGGGGCGCCUCCGAAACUAGGUUCUAAAAGCAUCUCUCCAGAUGAAUGAUUAAUAAGUCUUACAGUGGUGUUAUUAUGAAGAAUGUUGUGAAUCAGUGUCGGCUGUAUAAAUCACUAUUUUCACAACACUCUAUACUUCUAGGAAUUUGAAGCAGCAGAAAUGUUGUAACUGAUUUGUGAGUUCUUUAGGUAGACUUCUCAGGUUAUGAGUGUGUGAAAUCAGCGAAUCAGGGUAGCGGUGCAUUGUGGGUGCACUUAGUAAAGAAACUAAAAAUGAUGCCUGAACGUUUGAUUGACGUAUUAAGGAGGAUGGACAUGAAAGCGGCGAAAAGAGAAAAAUCGAAUUGCCUUGUGUUUCGUUUUAACUGUUACGUUUAUAUCUGUGCAGUGUUCAGAUAAGGUAUUGUUUAAGAUGGUCAGUAUAUUGUACCAGAGCUGGCUAGAUAUUUUGCUAUGGAGCUUUCAAUAAUUUAUUGUUCCUAAUACAGCUAUUUUUGAAAAGAAAAAAUAAAAAAAAACAGUGAAGAGGAAAAGCAUUAAUGUACCAUUUACAUUUCUCGUAAUAAAAUGCGACUUUUCUGCUAA